UCGUUGCUCUUCAUCCAAAAGGUUCCGGUGCGUCGUCAGCGAGUUUUUCCGCUGAAGUUCUCCACGCUCAGAUAUGCCUCUCGCAAAGGAUCUGUUACACCCGAGUGUAGAAGAGGAGAAGAGGUGUCACAAGAAAAAACGCCUGGUUCAGAGUCCCAAUUCCUAUUUUAUGGAUGUGAAAUGUCCAGGCUGCUACAAGAUCACCACGGUGUUCAGUCACGCUCAGACUGUCGUGCUGUGUGUCGGCUGUGCCACGGUCCUCUGCCAGCCGACAGGAGGGAAAGCUCGCCUCACAGAAGGAUGUUCAUUCAGGAGGAAACAGCACUAGUUUGACCAGACCAGGUUGGACACAGUUGUGGAGGUCAUAUGACGUAACACUGCCAUGGAGCUGAGGAGUGGAAAUACAAAUCAUGUAAAAUAAGAAGUCUAUAGAAUAUGUGCAGAGAAAUGCAUUUUUGAGACUCCACAUAUACAAUUAUUCAUCCCUCUUAUUAAACUUGGGUUGUUUGAUUGGUAAAAUAA